UGAACGAUGCCAUUGGCAGGCCAGACAUUGGCACAAGCCUCUCUGCGGAGGGGGCUCUCAGUUCCUCUCUUGUGCAUUCGUGUUUCAUUACAUCUCGAGUGAAAAAAAAAACGGAAGAAGAGGGAAAAGUGUCUCCAGUUUUCCUCCAUCAAGCGACCGAGAAAUAUCAAACCGAGAUUUGAGAUCAAUAACGAUAAACUACGAGUGUUCAUGGUCAAGGAGAGUUGGUUAAACACAAGAAUAAAACAACAAUCGGUGAAACAUACCCUCCGCCAUUCUAGAUUUCACGCUUUAGGGGAGAGAUCCUUCCCAAGAGGAUUUUCACAAUGUCUCUCUGGGCAAAAGCACAACAGUUGCCCCAGGAGUCACUGCAGCAGGUGCGCUCAGUAUAUGGGGAACAUUUUCCGAUUGAAGUCAGACAUUUUUUGUCGUCAUGGAUCGAGGAGAAAAUGUGGACGGACAUCGAGCCAGAUAAUCCACAGUACGAGCAAUACACAACGAAUCUCGUGGGUUCACUGAUUCAAGAGCUAGAAACAAAGGCAGCCUCCCUGCACACAGAAGACCUCUUUCUCACGAAGCUCAAGUUGAUCGAAGCAGCGAAGACCUUUCGUCAGCGCUACUCCCAGAAUCCAGCGACCCUUUUCCGCAUAAUCCGCCACUGUCUGGGCACUGAAAUGAAGCUUGUAGCGCAGGUGGAGAACCUGGGAGGUGCCUUGAUGAGCAUGGCACAUGGUAGAGUGGGUCUGAUGGUUGGUGAUGCAGUGGCAGAAAUAGCACAGCAGGUGGAGGCCCUUCGUCGCAGGACCCAGGAGACCGGAGAGGACCUUCGUAAGAUGGAGCAGGAGCAGGAGGCCUUUGCCAUCAGCUACCACGAUUGUACGAAGGUUAAUGCCCACCUCCAGCAACUGGCAACCCAUCCACAGAGUCAGCAAAGCAUAGAAGCAGAGAAGAAACUGAGACGACAGAAGGAGCAGCACGAACAGCUCCUCAAUCACAAGGUCGCUAGUCUCAUGCAAUUGCGAUUAACACUCGCUGACAAACUCAAGGAUACCAUCACCAGACUCAGCAGCUUGCAAUCACGUGUUUUGGAUGAGGAGCUCAUCAGGUGGAAAAGAGAUCAGCAGUUGGGAGGGAAUGGGGCGCCCUUCAAUAGCACUCUGGAUUCAAUUCAGGAGUGGUGUGACAGUUUAGCAGAACUAAUCUGGCUUAAUCGUCAGCAGAUUAAAGAGGCUGAACGAUUGAAGCAAAAAUUAGCACUGGAUCCACCAGGUGUUCAGGACAUUCUUCCGACCCUGAAUUCACAGAUAACUCAGCUGCUGAGCUCCUUGGUCACAAGUACAUUUAUAAUUGAGAAACAACCGCCUCAGGUAAUGAAGACAAACACAAGGUUCACGAGUACAGUGAGACUCCUGGUCGGUGGUAAAUUGAAUGUCCACAUGACACCCCCUCAAGUGAAGGUCUCUAUCACGAGCGAGGCCCAGGCAAACUCUCUCCUGAAGAACGACAAGAUGACAAAGAGCAGCGAGGCCAGUGGUGAGAUUCUCAAUAACACUGGUACCAUGGAGUACCAUCAGGCAACCAGACAAUUGUCCGUCAGCUUCAGAAAUAUGCAGCUGAAGAAGAUAAAAAGGGCAGAAAAGAAGGGAACUGAAUCUGUUAUGGACGAAAAAUUUUCCCUCCUCUUCCAGUCACAAUUUAGCGUUGGAGGUGGAGAACUUGUAUUCCAGGUGUGGACACUUAGCCUUCCAGUGGUUGUUAUAGUCCAUGGAAAUCAAGAGCCUCAUGCCUGGGCCACAGUCACCUGGGACAAUGCCUUUGCUGAGCCAGGACGUGUGCCAUUUGCUGUACCAGACAGGGUACCUUGGUCACAGGUGGCUGAGGCACUCAAUGUAAAAUUCAGAUCGGCCACAGGAAGGUCCCUCAUGGAGGACAAUCUUCGAUUUCUCGCUGAGAAGGCGUUUAGGGGUGGUGGCGGUAGCAUUGCCAAUCCUGGAGGUACUCCAUCGUCAAAUGUCUCUGGACAGGAGCAGGAUUACUCAAAUUUGCAUCUCAGCUGGGCUCAAUUUUGCAAGGAGCCCCUCCCAGAGCGUAAUUUUACAUUCUGGGAGUGGUUUUAUGCAGUUAUGAAACUCACCAGGGAGCAUCUCAGGGGGCCCUGGAUCGAUGGCUACAUUCUUGGCUUCGUCAGGAAGAAGCAGGCCGAGGAAAUGCUCGCCUCCUGUCCAUCGGGAACUUUCUUGAUGCGGUUUUCUGAUUCUGAACUUGGGGGUGUCACCAUUGCUUGGGUGGGGGAUCAGUCGGAGGUAUUUAUGCUUCAGCCAUUUACCAGCAAGGACUUCGCCAUUAGGAGCCUCGCUGAUAGGGUAUCGGAUCUCCAUCAUCUUCUCUAUCUUUAUCCGGAUCUCUCCAAGGACCAGGCGUUCUCCAAGUACUACACCCCAUUCACUGAGAAUCAACCAAUGUCAAAUAAUGGAUAUGUUAAGCCGUUACUCGUUACACAUGUGCCAGGAUGGGGUGGUCCGGGGGUUGGUGGACAGACACCCUCGCACUCUAUCGUUGGUGUUGGCGGUGGUGGACAGGGGGGACAUGGGGGCAGCUAUCCAGCUACUCCUUCGACAAUGUUCCAGGCACACAGUCCGGAUUCAUCGGUCACCAGGGAUACACCGUCCGUUGCUUCGAGCUAUGCUCCGGGCCCCGGUCAGUCGGGUGUUGGUCGACCAAGUGACAUGGACUACGUGGAAUUGAUGGGACACGGUGAUCUGGCGUCAAUCGACGAAAAUCUCAACCUGGAACAUCUCAAUGGAUUUGGGUUUAGUGAAUUUAUGCAGAAUUACAAGCCCCAGUAGGUACGUCACCAGUCAUGUCCAUCAUUAACGAAGGAAUAUUAGAUAUCUCAAGACCCAUAGAGUGAAUUUUGAGAUUUUUUUUCUCUAUUUUGACCAGUUUGACCAGUUCAAAUCGCAUCGUUGAGUAGAAAUUUAUGGAGAAACAGAGGGAAGUGUGUGUUUUACCUCUUCUGUCCCUCUUGGGGGGGAUGGAUAAAAAAAUUAUUUCGCAUGAGAAAUCUAUAUUUUUUUUAUCGUGGGAUGGUUGGGAGAUGAGUGAGAGAACUACAGGGGAUUAUCCUCAUUAUUUUGAUGCACAGAAUGCCACGUGUGCGUGAUAAGUAGUUAACGAAAGUUUAUUGAUGUAAUUAUUGUAUACGCAUUUCGUGAAUGCAGACAUAUUUUUGAUGACUGUUUAAAUUUAAGAGUUUAAGAGGUGAAUUGGGUGGGAAAUUACGGGGAGUUGUGAGAAUGAGAUAGAGAGAAUUAUUUUUGAAGAGGGUUAUCGGUUUUAAAGGGGACUGGUAGAAUAGGAUGAAUUAUUCCUGGGUAUUUUCAGACGGGCUGAGUGAAAUUCAAUUUUUUCUCAGUAAUUUUCAAAGUAUUGUCUUACAUUUCAAAAUGAGUGCUCACUCGUCAAUAUCGUAUCAUUCGUUUAGCAGGUAUUAAUGAUUCUAGUUGAAUUUAAACUCCCUUCCGCAUUUUUAUUUUUUGUGGUCAAAACGAUGUUUGCCGAACAAUAAAACCAGCAUUCAGACAUCAUACCGAUAUUUCCUCUCCCCCCCUCCAAGUGCAAUGACGAAAACUAAGUGCUUUUUGUUACUUGUUAAAUAUCUAUUUCAUUGUAUUUAUAUAGUUGAUUUUUAUUUACUCUUUUUUUAAGGAGUACAUUAAGUACAAUUAAACUAGAUUUACAAUGAACCUUGAGGUCGUUGCUAUAGAGGUAUCACAAUUUUGUUCUGCGUGUCAACAAUACAUUUUAGCGUCCCAAAGGAUAGGAUACUGCGCAAUUUACGAUAAGAAAAUUAUAAUUACAAGCUUAUUACUCAGCAAGCAAGAGUGCUGUAGCUUUUAUAGAAAUAAGUGCUCUCAUUUCUCUCCAGGAACGAUAAAAAAAGGCCAUCCUUUAUUUUUUUUUGCAAAUUUAUUACUAUUUUUUAUCUAAGAUUUGAACUUUGCCAGUCAAAGAAAUUAAACGGAAAUGAUUGGGCCCCGUUUUACGUGCCCAGCUAAUUUGAGAUGACGAUUUUAAUAUAGUAGGACUCGAUGUACCACGAUAUAACUGUUUUAAUUGGAAUUCUAACUUGAAAAAUAUGUUGAGAAUAAGCUGGACACAAUCGUUAGUCACCAGGGGUGCCUUAGAUUAGAGUAGGUUAUGGUGGAGCAAUGCAGGACAGUGGAAUAUUUGUUGGUAUUGUAUAAAAUGAGUUUAAUCACUCUUGUCACUCCUAACUAUCUCCAAAGUUAUGAUGAAGAGAACACGAGGCAAUGGCCCAUUACCCAAGAGGUAACUGUAAAUAAUUUCGGACGAGAGUGAUCAAUAGACAGUAUAAGGCAAUGACAACUUUGAUGAUCAUGUUGUCCAUAUUAUUUCACCAAUCACACUAUUGUAUUUUAAGUUUCUCUGCAACAAAAUGGAGUUGCCAUUUUAAUGAAUUAUUUUGAUGCUCUAGAGGUGAGAAAUAAUCAUCGUAAUUGUGAACUAACUUUGUGAUUUUUUUUUCUUUUUCGUGGAUUAAUUACGGUGAUUGUUCGAAGAGGUGUUGAUAAUGUAUGAGGAUUCCAUGAAAUGUAAUAAUUAUGUUCAGAGAAUUAAAGAAACAUACUGUGCUA